CAGUAUCCUAAUAAAGAAAGCCCAAGAGCACUCUUUUCAUCUCUUAGGUUGUUUUCUUCUCGAGUUUUUGUUUCCUUGAAGACAAUCUUUUUGAGUAGUCGUCUACGACUUACAUCAACCUAAUCACCGGUUUAUUAGUAAUAUCUAUUUUUUCCCCAUUUUCCUCAGUAUCAACAGAGUAGUUCAUCAUGCUUUGGACACCUGUUGUACUAGCCACCCUUGCAGGGCUACAAGCAGCUCAUGCUCACGACGAGGAUGAAGUCCCUCACCCGAAUAUGGUCUUGCCCCGUCUUCGCGAUGUAGACGAGCUGAGGCAGAGACGAAAUGCCUUCGAGCCCUGGAACCCGCCGACGGUAGCCAACAAGCCACGCGCGGACCGCGUGAAACUCAGUCCUCGCCAGACGUCAUCAAUUCCGUUGGGAGAUAACUCGCAAUGUGGAGGAACGUAUGGCAGAUGUGCCGAUGGGUACUGCUGCUCAGCUUCAGGAUGGUGUGGUCAGAGUGAGCAAUAUUGCGCGUCUCCUGAUUGCCAGAUCAACUAUGGUCCUGCCUGCGACGGCAAUGAGAAGCCCAAUGGCCCGGAUACUUCAGACUACGCGAGACCAAAGAACGGUAACAUCCCCUAUGGUGGCGUUGGUAUCUAUGACUGCGUCAACCAGGGUGAUGUUGCCAUCACGUACGAUGACGGUCCUUACAUCUACACUGCUGCCAUGCUGGAUGCCUUCAAGUCUCACGGUGCCGUCGCUACCUGGUUCAUCACGGGCAACAAUAUCGGCAAGGGUAUGAUCAACGUCAACUACCGCGAUGUCAUCACACGAAUGAUUGCCGAUGGCCACCAGGUUGCCAGCCACACAUGGUCACACGAGAACUUGGAUCAGAUGACGCUCGCCCAGCGCAAGAACCAGAUGGUCUACAACGAGAUCGCCUUCAUGGACAUUCUCGGUUUCUUCCCCACCUACAUGCGUCCGCCUUACUCCAUCUGCGGAGCCGAGUGCCAGGGACAGAUGGCCGACCUGGGCUAUCACAUCACCUACUUCGAUCUCGACACCCAGGGCUACCUGCACACCACCGCCGACCAGAUUGGAUUCAGCGUGAACCUCUGGGACCAAGCCAUGCUGGCUCGCACCCCUUGCAACGGCAGCUACCUGCACAUUGAGCACGACAUCCACCAGUAUAUCGCCACGACCCUGACGAACCACAUCCUCGACUCCGUCGUCGCCAACGGCUGGAACGCCGUCACCGUCGGUACCUGCCUCGGCGACCCCCCAGAGAACUGGUACCGCGGCGCCGCCCCGGCUUACAACUUCAAGAUCACCCCCGUCAGCUCAAAGGUCUGCUCCAGCACCUCCAGCUCCUCGUCCAGCUCGACCAAGACGUCCUCGUCUACCCGCACCUCGUCCGCGACCUCCACCUCCACCGCCGUCUCGACCAACGGCCAGUGCGGUUCCACCGUCGGCUUCACCUGCCAGGGCUCGUCCUACGGAAACUGCUGCUCCGGCGCCGGAUGGUGUGGUUCCACCUCCGUCUACUGCGGCACGAGCUGCCAGUCCAAGUACGGCACUUGCGGAAGCUCCUCGUCCAACACUACUUCCAGCAGCGGCACCAGUAGCGGCACCAGCAGCGGCACCAGC